CAAUGUUUUACUUGCGGCACGAUGAUGUUUCCUGGCAAGUGAAAGACGGUGGGAGGGGGGAUUCGAAUGGCAGGCAUCUGUAACAGAGAUGUGUCUGUCGAGUCUGAUAUAAAUUAGUUAAAAAUUGCAACAACAGAGAAUCGGAAGUAGACUCGAUGUCGGAGGCCUUGUAGGGGUAUUCGAGUGGGUAGCGCCCAUCUUUGUUUAAAUAGUGCACGUUUCUUUUAGCGCGAGCAAUCUGAUAAGGCCCAGUUGGAUGCGAGCAAAAAGAAGCGGCCGCCUCGGAGUUUAAGGGAAUAUGUAACAGAAAUUACAAUGACAUCGAGAUUUGGGAAAACUUACAGUCGAAAGGGUGGGGAUGGAAAUUCGAAAUUUGACGAGGUCCUGUCCAACAAAAGGGCCACCCUCAGCACAAAAUGGGGUGAAACUACUUUCAAGGCUCAGCUGGGCUCCAAACGUCCGAAUUUCAAGCCCGACGUGACGGAUGCCCCAAAGAAAGCCAGGCCCAGUGAGGGAGAAGACACCGAGGACCCUUUUGGUUUUGACAGUGACGAUGAGUCCAAACCUGUGACCUCGCGCAGUUGUCCUUCAGCCAAGCCUCCCCAAAGCAAGCUGGUACCAGUUGAAGCAGUGCGAGCUGAAAGGCCAGUGCUCCAGCAGGAGUACAACAGCCAUGCAAAUGUAUCUGAAUCCUUGGACCCAGGUGUCCUGUCCUCUACUCAAUAUGAUAACAAUAAUGCAUACAGUGUUUCUCUGGACUUCAGCAGCAAGGUCUUCAACAACGCGCCAACAGACAAAACAGUACACACAUGGUCCAUUGAAGGUGCGGAGAAGCAAACCAGCACAUGGUACGAAAAUGCUUCAGAGAAGGACAAGAAACCAGUGCUGCAGACCCCUAGUUUAAAGAUGGACACCAAGAACUCUCUGGAGAGCUGGAACUCUGCAGGAGGUGAUUUGAGGCCAGCGCUCCCCGGCAUUGAGACUUUUAAAGGCAGUGACUCGAUGUGGUUGACUAGCUAUUGGCAGGAAGAUGACAAAGGGCCCACUGAGGAAGAAUCGCCAUCUCAUGUGGAGGAGAAUACACAUAGCAAUGAGUCCAGCCAGGAGGAAGCUGGCUUACCUGCAGGAAACUCAGAGUCUGAAGACCUCACCCAGUCUCCUCUCAGGCCCAACAACUGCCGAACCUAUCGGCGGCCCAACAAAUGUCAACAGGCAGCAGGUACGGGGAACGGCAGCGGUAACUUACCUCAUGGCAGGGGGGGCCAGGAGCUUCCAAAAGCCGGCUGCGGGACUGGGACGGCAGACGGCAAAUCUGGUGCCAGGGGUCGGACGAGAGACUACACUGUGCUCCACCCAUCCUGCCUGUCGGUGUGCAAUGUCACUAUCCAGGAUGCUUUGGACCGGAGCAUGGAGGAAUUGACUGCUGCUCCGGCUGACCUGGGGGAGGCGGGAAGGCUCAGGAAAAAAACUGAAAUGGCCUCGGUCAAACCUACCAGGUUCAGGCCCUCUCAAACGAAAUCCAAAAAAGAGACCAAGCUGGAGUUCUUUGGAUUCGAGGAGAAUGAGGGCCAGGCGGUGGAAGGGGAUCCUAUGUCCUCUGGGAGCACCAACUACAAGAUCAAGUACUUUGGUUUUGACGACCUGAGCGAGAGCGACAGCGACGAGGACGACGAAGCCGCAGAGAAGAGGAAGGCUAAGAAGGCGAGGGCGGCGGCGGCCGCCAGAGCGUCAAGCGUAGCUGCGAGCGCAACCCUGUCAGCUGCUGUACACAGUCCACAGCCUGGUGAUUCCCAGGCCUGCCGGACGGGUUCAAACACAGAUAAUGUGGAAUUCUUAGACUCCUGCCCCGCUGUACUAGAGGCACCAAAGAAACCACAGGGAAAGCAGCUGGAGAAAUCUAAAGACUGCCGGAGGAUUUUCAGUGGCCCCAAAAAGUCACCUGCAAAAGCCGUUUAUAAUGCCAGACACUGGAACCAGCCCGAGCCUGAAGACACUCCUGCCCCUUCGCUAUCCCGAUCCCAGACUGCACCGGCUAUUUUGUCCCAAGGAAGCACAGAAUCAAACACCCGCAAGGAUGACGGUGUCUUCAAAGCACCAGCUCCGCCCCCCAAAGUCAUUAAGUCUGUUACCAUCCCCACUGAACCGUACCAAGACAUUGUCACUGCACUGAAAUGUAGAAAAGAGCACAAGGAGCUGUACACUGUCGUCCAGCAUGUUAAGCACUUCAACGACGUGGUGGAAUUUGGGGAGAAUCAAGAAUUCACGGAUGACUUUGAGUACUUGGAGACUGGCCUGAAAAGUGGCCAGCCUCUCAACACACGUUGCCUUAGUAUAAUCAGCCUGGCCACCAGGUGUGCCAUGCCCAGUUUCCGGAUGCACUUGAGAGCAAGAGGGAAAGUCGCCCAAGUCUUCAAAACGCUGAAUGAUGCUCCGCAACAUCCGAAUCUUGCCCUCUGUACAGCUUCUUUAAUGUACAUCCUAAGUCGAGAUCGACUCAACAUGGACCUCGACAGGGCCAGUCUGGACCUCAUGAUCCGCCUUCUGGAGCUUGAGCAAGACGACACAGCGGAUAACCAGCUGACUGCUAAGGAGAUGGGCAAAGUGAAGGAGAAGAUUCGAAAACUCUGCGAAACCGUCCACAACAAGCACCUUGAUCUUGAGAAUAUCACGACAGGACAUUUAGCCAUGGAGACUUUAUUGUCCCUGACCUCAAAGAGGGCAGGCGAUUGGUUCAAAGAGGAGCUGCGCUUGCUUGGAGGCCUGGACCAUAUUGUAGACAAAGUGAAAGAGUGUGUUGAAAACCUAAGUCAAGAAGAUGACAAGGAGAACCUGGUUGCAUCUUUAUGGGGAGCUGAGAGGUGUCUCCGAGUGCUUGAAAGUGUGACUGUUCACAAUCCAGAGAACCAGAACUACUUGAUAGCUUACAAGGAAUCUCAGCUUAUUGUCUCCUCUGCCAGGGGCUUGCGGCAUUGCGAGGCAAUGAUCCAGCGCUAUAGCUGCCAGGUGGACUCUGCGCCACAUCAACCUCUCUGGCGCGUCAGCAGCGUAGGCAAGGCCGUGGAGGACUGCAUGAGGGCCAUCAUUGGGGUUCUGCUCAACCUCACCCAUGACAACGAAUGGGGAAGCACCAAAACUGGGGAACAGGAAAGCCUCAUCAUAACAGCCUUGAAUUGCGUGUUGCGGGUCCCUCAGUAUCUACCUCAGGAGCAGAGAUUCGAUAUUAGAGUACUGGGCCUGGGUCUGCUGAUCAACCUAGUGGAGUAUAGUGCCAGGAACCGGCACUGCCUGGUGGAGAUGGAGGUGGACUCCGUACCCUUUGAUUCUAUCUGCGUGGGAGAAGGGGAGGAUUUGAAGACCGAGGGGUCUUUUAGUGCCAUUUCGGCCUUGGUUCAGCUUUUCCUCCAGCGAGAGCGGGCAGCGGUGCUGGCCGAGACCGAGACGGACGACUUCAUCAGCGACGCACCUAAACCACAGCAGGAUCAAAGCGGCGAAUGGCAGGAAACUUCUGGCGAGAUCCAAUGGGUGGCCUCUGAGAACAAUGACAAGGCCGAUAACAACGAAAAGAAAGAGGAGGAAGAGGAGGAGCUGGACCUGAACAAAGCUCUCCAGCAUGCUGGGAAGCAUAUGGAGGACAGUAUUGUGGCUUCAUAUACUGCACUACUGCUGGGCUGUCUCUGCCAGGAGAGUCCUAUGAAUGUGACUGCUGUGAGGGACAUUUUACCAAAAGGAGAUUUCUCAAUAAUGACAGAAAUGCUCAAGAAGUUCUUGAACUUCAUGAAUCUUACAUGUGCUGUGGGCACGACAGGGCAGAAGUCCAUCUCUCGGGUUAUUGACUAUCUUGAACACUGCUAGCAGCUUGGUCCCUUUGCCUGUGUCAGCAUUGCUUGCCCGUGGUAGAUGGUCAGAGGGAGGAACAUCAGAUAGGUCAGCACCCAAUUAUCAUCGGCGAAAUUGCAAGGACUUUAAGAAUAAAUCUGUAACUGAUCAUUUUUAUUUCAGCAUUUUACCUGUAUUUUUUCUGGAUUUCAGAAAUCAGCUUGUGUAUAAAGUUUUUCAAAAUUCCGUGGCUCAGCAGGGGGAUGGGAUCUGUAUGUAGUGAAAUGUUUACAUUUUUUAAUCUUUCUGAACUCUCCUGUAAUUUAGGUGCAAAUCCUACUAUCCCCUGAAAUAAUUUAUUGUUUUGUUAUGAAGCAGUAAUUAUCAGCUAAUUUCAGUUGUGAAAGGUUUUAAGCUUAUACAUAUAAACUAUUAAAAACAGAUUUUUUUUUUUUUUUUCCUUUUUUCCAGUACUGUUAAAGCUUUUGUCCCCAUCGCGUAAAUGUAGAUCAGUGAUUUCUGAAUGGGUAAAUGUUUGAUAUUUAAUUUGUUUUAUCUUGAGAGAAGGUUGAGUAAUAUUUCCUUUUGAUGCUGAUCUUUGUGAACUUUGCAUAUGCUGGUAAAUAAACUGUUCCAUUGAAGCUUCCUCUAUUUGCACAGGGAAACAAAUCUAGCAUUCAAGGUGUCAUUAGUGAUAUGUUGCAGUACACGCCAGAAGCUAUUUUGUUAUUUUUGCCUUUUUGUUCUCCCUCUCUGAUUAUUUGUUUUAAAUACCGGUAAAGUUGUAAUGCUAGGAUUAAGUAAACCCUAUGAAAGCAGUGUCACCUUUUAUAUGGACCAUUUUCAUAGGGACACAUUUCCGUAUGAUGAUCUCCUCAGUGAGGUAAUAAAGACUUAAACAGACCACGUGGAACGUCCAUGCAAGAAUUCCCAUUCCUGAUUGGUCCCUUUUCCGAGACUUGUGUUUUGGCAAUUGAAUGAGUUGGAUCAACUUUUUAGCGUUGCAAAGUUGCCUGGGGAAAAAAAAAAAGAAUGUUUGUCAUUUUGUACUGUUUGAAGAGAACGUCUUUACAAACCUGGAAAUUAACGCUAGCUAGCAUGAUCUCAAGUCCGACCUCCUGUUAGCUGCCUCACACCGGUUGCGUAUAGUUGGGAGACUGGAUGCGUCAUUGUCUGUUUUGCUCCUUAAGUCAGCGGCAGAAUACAUGCUGGUCAUUUAUGGAAAACUCCUUGCCAGUAUCAGUGUUUUUGGUUCAGACCAAAGAGGGAUUCGCUGUCAUAAAUUAUGUGACUACUUGAACGUUCACUUUCUGCCCCGGAACAAAACGCUGAAACGUUAAGGAAAUGCUACUCAUCAGUUAAAGCUGGGAGGUUGAGGCAGUCUUGGGUUGUUCUGAUUUCUCGUCAAACAUUGACACAUCUCGAAAAUUAAAUGUAUAAUCGGCGCAAGGAAAGACUAUUAUCCCAUCCCUCCUUUACACCCAACCUGCUAUUGUAGAGAUUUUUAUCAUUAUGAUGACCUUCAAUAUGAAGAACUCUUUCAUUUUAAAUUCAUUUAAGAAUUUUUAUAUUUAUAUAUGUAACUCGGCUCAGUCACUGUCUUUUAUGGCUUAGCAUUAGUUUUUAAUCUCACUAAUUCAUAAUGUAAGACCAAACAGAAAUGUUGCUUAGUGAGGGUCUGUAGGCCACACGGACUCUGUUCAGAUCUUUGGCAGGUUCUUCAUUUUUCUUUCUAUUUUGUAUGUUGUGUCUUUUCAGGCUUAUGUUUCUGCAGUGCAGAGGCAUUGUUGUCCGUUCCCCGAUUUUCAGAUUUAGCAGUAGCAUACAUACCUACUAAUAUAUUGCCAGAAUCAGAGGAACACACAAGCUCCCUCUGUUUCACACCCCAAGUUGACCUCUGUAAGCUAAGCGUACAAGCCGUUUACUUAGAAUAUGAUUUCAAUAUGAAUGGAAAGCAAAUUCUUGUACAUAUAUUUGUAAAUAUUGGUUAUUGGGAAUUAGAAUUGUAGAAUACUUUUCUGAAUCCAAUCCUAUUUUUAUUUUUUUACAGUAUUUCUCAUUUAUUUGACAAAGUAUAAAGUCAACUGCAGGACAACGUUUGUACCAGUUUCAAGAAUGUUAUGUGUAAAUAAUUUUAACUUCAAUAAAAAUUGCUACUUUCGGUAUACUUUUUUUCUCUUUGUAGCCCUUUUUCCGUGUAUGGGAGUGUAUUUUUGAUAGCAUGUCUUUCUGCCUAGCUGCCAAAGUGGAGAAGUUACAAUAAAAUUAUUUGAAAAGGA